CGCGCCGCGGCGCGGCGAACGACGCGCGCGCGCGGCCGAGCGCGCGUCGCGCCGCGAUCGUCGACGCCGCGAUCGCCGACGAUGAUUCGAUUCGCGCUGUUAUUCAGCAAACAAGCGAAGAUUCGCCUGAGCAAGUACUACGUCCUGACGAACCAAAAGGAGCGGAAGAGGAUCGAGCGCGACGUCACGUCGCGAAUCAUACCGCGCGCGAACAAGCUGUGCAACGUCGUCGAGUACCGGGACGUGAAGCUGGUGUACAGGAAGUACGCGAGCCUGUACUUUUGUCUGGCGGUGGACCGAGGCGCGAACGAGCUCGCGACGCUGGAGAUGAUUCAACACUACGUCGAGAUCUUGGACAAGUACUUCGGGAACGUGUGCGAAUUGGAUUUAGUGUUCAACUUUCACAAGGCGCACUACGUGUUGGACGAGGUGUUCAUCGCGGGGCAUCUGCAGGAGACGUCGAAGAAGUUGAUCGCGCGGUUGGUGGGCGAGCACGACGCGCUCGUGGAACGCGUCAAAUUGGGCGGCCCCGCGGCCGAGGACGCGUGAUUGGCGAGCGCGCAAUUCGCGCGCGCGCGCGCGCGUUUUUUUUCGCGACGCUCGCGCGCGGUGUAUUUUCCUAGGUUAGCGAUGCGAGCAGGCCAGGGCGCGUUCGUUCGCGCGCGCUCGGCGGCUCUGGCGGUUGUAGCGUAGCAAAAGCUUCUGAUCGUCAUUCGCACGCGCGCGACGCGAUCCGAUGCCCGCGGGCGCGCUUCGAGACGUGGCGAACACGCCCACGCGCGAGCGGGAGCGCGCGAAAGCGGCGACCGCGAGCGCGAGCGCGCGUAAAUCCGUCACGAAGUCGACGCGGCUUCGCGAUGACGACGAACGACCAACGCGCGAAGACGCGAACGACGCGUCGACGACGGCGAGCGCGAGGAAACGGGUGCGAGAGGAUGAAAUGCACGCGUUGGUGCGAGCGUUCGAGGACGCGGGUGCGUGGAUCGAAGCGAUGUCGAGAAGACGCGAGGGUGGUGACUGUUGACGUCGCCGCGAUGGUUCCCCCGCCGCGACGAACGCGAACGACUGACGACGAAUCGCGUCGCGCGCAGUGGAACGAGAGUGCGCGACGAUCGUGGAGGUUGGGGAAGCGGAAUGCGACGCGCUCUUGGCGGAGUUUAACGCCAAGUGGCGGUCGAUGCCGAAAAAGCUGAAGAGUACGCCGUUGACGGAGUUUGCCGACGACUUGGCGCGAGAGGGCAGCGAGGCGAGCUUGCUGGAAUUAGUGGAAGUGAACGAGACGCUCGGGGCGAUUGAUGCGAGCUUAGUGCGCGAAAUUGUGGAUGAAAAAGUUCUGCGAGAGGCAGCGAAGAAGGUGGUGGAGCAAGUGGCGUCGGACGCGACGACGAAGCGCGAGGCGCCGCUGAAGCUCGACGUCGACGUUCGCGACUCCGUCGAGGCGAGAGGAGCGAUGGACGCGCUCAAGGAUCACGCGAAGGCUUUGAUGGCUCGAUUACUGAAAAGCAAGUAGCCGAU